UCGCGUGAGUUUGAGUGCACUCCGUGCCAUUAUGAUUGGCGCGACGCGUUACUCGGCCACUUGGCUCUUCUUUUUCUCUUGUCUCGUUGCCACCGGUUUUUCAAAGCCCCAUGACUACCAAGUGGAGCUCGUUCAAGUGAUCUUCAGGCACGGAGACAGAACGGCCACACCCUACGAGUGGUAUCCCAACGAUCCCUACAACGAGACCAUCUACGAACCCUUCGGCAGAGGCCAAUUAACAAGCCGUGGCAAAGCGCGGGCGUACAAUUUGGGCCAAGUGCUGAAAAAGAAGUACGAGAAGCUGCUGGGCGAGGAUUACAGUCCGAACGUGCUUUUUGCGUACAGUACGAACGUGGACCGCACGAAAAUGUCCCUCCAGCUCGUCCUGGCCGGUAUGUACCCGCCAAAGGGGCCCUUCCACUGGAGCGACACCGUCGAAUGGAUGCCCAUACCUGUGUACCACAACUUUGACUCGUUCGACUUUUUGUGGACUGCUUACUACUGUCCCAAGUUCGAGAUAAUUUGGAACAACACUCUUGCCUUGCCCUCGGUACAGAAACAACUGAAGGAGUACUCGAGCUUCAUCAAGUACCUGUCCAAAACCACUGGUCUACCGGACGACCCCCACAUGGGCGCUCGCCUCUUCGAGAUCAUGCACUCUCAGAAAAACUUGGGCUACGAGUACCCCUCCUGGUGCAACGACGAGGUCUACGAGAAGCUCAAAGAGAUAUCCGCCUUCCGGUACGACGUGUACUCGUACACGGACCAGAUGAAAAGAAUUGCCGUCGGACCGACGAUCCGAAGAUUCUUGCGCAACAUCAAGACGAACGACGGCCAGCCGUCGCCCAAGAUCUAUCUGUACGGCGGUCACGACGACAACGUCGCCACCCUCAUGAGGACACACAAGUUCACUUCGCCGAACCCGGCGAGGUCUCCCGACUACUCUAGCGCCUUCAUCAUGGAAAAACUGCGAGGCCGUGAUCUGCAAACUUACAUAAGGCUGCUGUACUACCCGGGAGAAGGUGACGAGUUCCAGGUGAUGCAGCUGAAAAACUGCAAUAAGGAGUGUCCCCUGUCGCGCUACUUGAAAAUCAUGAGGCCCGUUCUUCCGUUCGGCGAGGGCACGCAGUGCCUUUACGAGGAAGCCUACCAGGACGUCAAAAACGUCAUCGACGGGUACGGACCCGGCACACGCAGCAACAUACUCGAGCUCAAGUACGCGUACCAGAUCGGGCAUUGAGUGUACACAUACGAAGCAUUGUUUCAUUUAGUUAAGUCAACGUAAAAAU